AUGGACUAUGACCCCGAUGAAUAUCAAGAGGAUAAUUACGAUGAAUUCAUGAUCUCCGAUGAUGAAGUCGAGGUGGAAAUUGAAAUGGAAGACGAAAGCGACCAGUCGCUAAAAGAAUCGGAUAUACUCAACACAUCCCAGAAUGUCCAUGUACAGUCGGAUGAUUUUGACCAGUGCGAUAUCAUGUAUCAGGAUACUCUGGCUCGAGCAAAUUCCAUGAUUCAAGAACAUCAUUAUAACGAAGCAAUAGCUGUGCUGAAGGAAACAAUCUCACAAUGUCAGUCAGUCAAAAUAUCGAUGGUUCCGAUACUCUCUCAACUUAUUAGGUGCCGUUAUUUUGCUUGGAAAGCGGAAACGUCACUAGAAGACAAGAGGCUACAGUUAGACGCCUUCAAACAGGAUGUGCGUGCAUUAAAGCAAGCCUCUGGUGCCACACAUAUUUUGGACAACAGUGAAAGUUUUUGUAGCCUGAUAAAUGAGCUAGCACCAAGUUUGGGCUCUAAUUUUAUCUUGGAUCGGAGAUUGAUAACUGAUGUGGAGAAUAUACUAUGCUCAAAAUUGUGUCUAGACGAGUUUGACUGGAUCAAAAAUGAACAAGAUGCUACAUUACGUCAAACACGGUUGCUGCAGUACGAGAUUGGAUUGCAGCAAUUGCCUGAGGCAUGCUUUAAUGCCAAUGAACAGAUUUUGGUCGAAGAGCUCUACAACAAUACGCAGAACAAUCUCGACCACCUCGACAAUCUCGAAUUUUUACUAGCCUGGUACCUCUUUAACGCGAUGCACUCCAAAUACAAUACCAAGUUGGAGAGGCUCGAAGAGUUAGUAAUUACCAUUUCCGCACUGAUGAAGGACUCGUUUUCUAAACCGCUAUCCUUGAUGACCAUUAUGCACUUCAGUGAAGCUUAUAUUCUCUUUGGUCAUAUUAAUAACUUGCGUUUGAAUCACUCACAGGUUUUGCAGUGUAAUACUGAGCUUUGGGAAUCUUACAAAUACCUCGAGGAAAUUGGCAACAAGACCGAGUUUAGAGAUUUAACCCUAUGUGGUUUCAUACUAUCUAACAUGCUUUUGAUAGGCCACAGAACUGAUUUGCAAGAUAUAAUUUCACCGUUUGAGUUGGAGCAAGUCAAAAUUCUGGAAUCGGAGCUUCUGCAAGACCUCGAAGAAAUAUACCAGGCUUUUGUCGACUAUGACAUGACGCGCUUCGCAAAUGGCCUGGCAAGUAUCGAACGCUUCUACUACAUUCUCCAUCCGCUGGUUGACAACCUCGUUCAUUUGUUGCAGGUGCGCAAGUUGUGGCAUCAUGUAGCAAUGUGUCAUUCCUGUAUUUCGCUUGCAGACAUCCAAGAAAAGCUGAGUAUUGAUCAAUCGUCACCUCCAUCGCGGAACUCUAUCCUCACGAUUAUCAUGCAAAGCAUAAUGGAUGAAACCGCGCAAGUGUACUUCAAACUCGACCUCACACGAGACCUAGUGUACUUCGGCGAGGAGAAUCGAAAGCCACUCAGUCCUUAUACCAAGGCUACCUACCUAGCUUCUCAGAGUAAUGCAGAGCAAGACAGCACAACCGCAUCAAAAGAAGAGUGGGUAGACAACAUUGGAGUUUUUAAUCUCCAGCCGCGCCGAAUGAAAGGUUUAAAGCCUUCGGCGUUUGUUCAAGAGCUUCAGAAUACACGGGAAGCACCGACGACGACAGACUAUACGCUUCAAAGCAGGACUUUGAAAUAUUCGCAGCUUGCAGAGUAUGUGCGUGAUACGAUGCGUUGA